CAGGAAGGUGGAAAUGUCUUGCAGUUGUGGAAUAUUAUCUUCCCUGAAACAAGAGACAACAAUACAGAUAAAGGGAUGUGGUGGAGUCAUUCGAAUUGACUCAUACUACUCUGCCGUUUUAAGCACUAUUUUCGCAUUACGAGGAGAUAAUCAAGUUUUUAUUUUUUUGACGUGACAACGUCUUAAAUUAGGUUGUGGCUGGGAGUCACUUAUGAAAAAGUGUAACGCCCGGUAACGUUACGAUGAGUCACCGAACGAGAGAGAGGCCCGCCGAAUGCCUUGCGUCUCUCUCCCACUCAACUAUGAUCGGUCUGCCGCGCAUUGAAUCGGCGCAUGCUUGUCUCUGUCUUUGUCUUUCUCGAACGUUCUUGGCGUUGGAAAAACAAGAAAGCGUCAUAAUACAAGUUCACACGUGUGGUUAAAGUAUCGUCUGCUGUGUCUGUAGUGAAAAUGUGGAGUGCUUAGAUUCGUCAUUUACAACAACUACAACAAUAAAGGGGCGUCGUUCCCCAUCUCGCCCAGUAUCCUAUGACUCGGAGGUGAGUGUGAAUUCGGCGCGUGCGUCCUGCUGCAUAAAAAGGAAUCAAUAUCACCACCGACAUCAGCGCCCUUCACCACACGUCUCGCCGUCAACGUCGACGUCCAAGAGUACCACCGCCGUCGGCUCACCUCCAAGGUAUCACCUCUCACGCAAAGUGAGAAUGGCUGACACUGAAUUCGAGGAAUUUCGACAAUAUUUCGAACGACUGCCCCAACAUCUCCAGGCACCAAUAUCAAAUUACACGCUCGUACAUGAUGUUAUGCUUGAUGACUCUUCGACAUCGUCGCAGGCAAGCGAUGGAGAUGUUGGACGCUCAUGUGUGGGGAUUCCGGGGGAUUCCGAUGAGGAGGAUGGAGGGAUGAUUCGCCGACACGAUAAUCAGAGUGGACAUACCUCCGGGGAUGACAGUGAAGAUUUGAAUCAUCACUCCUCUCUUGUUGCUGACAGCGAUUUUAGCUUGUUCGGUGGACUAAGCAGCAGGGGUCGAUACACCAACUUAACUGGCAUUCUACCAUCGACGGGACGUGACAGUAUGGUGAGCGACGUCGGUGGAUCCUGCUCGAGUUUGGGAUCCUGGGCGACGCCAGAACAUCAUCCUAAUCGUCCUGGUAGUAGUGGAAAUGAGAGAAAACGGAGGCGACUUCCGGAAAUUCCAAAAAACAAGAAAUCAGUAACUUCGACUCCGUCGCUGGCUGAGGAGUUAGCAGGGGCCACUGGGUCAUCUAGGCCCCAUUUGGUGCUUCGGAAGUGUCACUCGAGGCUCCGCCAUGAAGACAGCUCACCUGAUAGCGAGAGAAUGGCGACUGAUAGUGGACACAGCACUGCACACUCCCCUGAUAAUGGGCCUAAGAGUGUCUCCCCUAUUCCCUGCAAUACUCUGCAGAAUACUGAGUCAGUUUCUCCAAGUAGUACGCCAGGAAGUGGAGGCGUUCCCUUCACUCAAUUAGAGCUUCUAGAGGCCACCCAUCGGGGUCUCCACAAAUUUAUUCCCCGUCAUCACGACGAAAUUGACCUCGAAAUUGGCGAUCCAAUCUACGUACAAAAAGAGGCAGACGAUCUUUGGUGUGAGGGAGUCAACUUGCGAACAGGACGUCAGGGGAUUUUCCCAUCCGCCUACGCAGUAGACAUGGACUACAGUGAUUUUGAUCCUUCAGCCCCCAAAGUCAAGAGAGAGAGGUAUCUACUGGGAUACCUCGGCUCAGUUGAGACUCUCGCACAUAAAGGGACUGGGGUUGUUUGUCAGGCUGUGAGGAGAAUCGUGGGUAAUGCCUCCGAGGAUUCACCGGAUUCACAGAGAUGUAUUCUUGAGGUUUCGGAUCAGGGCUUGCGAAUGGUAGACAGGAGCAAGCCACGAAAAAAUGGACCAUGUCACGACUAUUUCUACUCGCUGAAAAAUGUAUCAUUUUGUGCAUUCCAUCCCCGAGAUCAUCGAUACCUUGGUUUUAUCACAAAGCACCCGACCCUUCAGAGGUUUGCUUGUCACGUGUUCAUUGGACCGGAGUCAACGAGGCCCGUAGCCGAAGCCGUUGGACGAGCCUUCCACCGAUUCUACACUAAAUUCAUUGAGACUGCUUUUCCAAUUGAGGACAUAUAUAUUGAGUAAACCUACUUUUAGUAUCUCACUGGAGGCCGGGAGCUUCAAAUAUCCCCACGCCUACAAAACCCAUCAGAAUGAUACCCACUGUACAUAAACCCUAAUUAGGUGUAGAUACAAAUAUAUUAUGAAGAAAAUAAAAUGCGAAUCAAAGAAACCCACGCGACAGUUUCAUCCACAAAAUCUCAUUCAUUUUUUUGUUUAUUCUCAAGUGAUUACUUUCAUCUUCAUAAAUCCUUGAGAAAAUUAAUUUCAUUUAUUCUCACAACUUCCGGUGUUUCUUACAUGUCAAGAUGUGACGUGUAUGUCACGUUACAUAAUAUUCAGUUCACAAUGUUUGUUCAUGGAGGUGGCAUUCAUAAUUGUUUUUAUAAUUGAUAUUAGAAAAGUUCAGUUGAAAAUUUUGUUGUUGCUGAGGAUAGUUUCACCAUCUAGUAAGUCAACUACUCCUGGAAAUGUGUGAGAAAUAAAUUGAGAGAAGAAAACUAAUUAAAAAAAUUAAAACUCA